AUGCCCGGCGCUCUGGGGCAGCCGGACAGAGCCCAGGGCGCGCGCGGAGUCUCCCAGUGUCUCGCUCCUCCCGCCACAGCCAUGACAGAAAAUUCCGACAAAGUCCCCAUUGCCCUAGUGGGGCCUGACGACGUCGAGUUUUGCAGUCCCCCGGCGUACGCCACGGUGACCGUGAAGCCCUCCAGCCCCGCGCGCCUGCUCAAGGUCGGAGCUGUGGUCCUCAUUUCGGGGGCGGUGCUGCUGCUCUUCGGGGCCAUCGGGGCCUUCUACUUCUGGAAGGGGAGCGACAAUCACAUUUACAAUGUCCAUUAUACCAUGAGUAUCAAUGGGAAAUUACAAGACGGGUCAAUGGAAAUAGAUGCUGGAAACAACCUGGAGACCUUUAAAAUGGGAAGUGGAGCUGAAGAAGCAAUUGAAGUUAAUGAUUUCCAGAAUGGCAUCACCGGAAUCCGUUUUGCUGGAGGAGAAAAGUGCUACAUCAAAGCCCAGGUGAAAGCUCGCGUUCCUGAGGUGGGCACCGCGACCAAACAGAGCAUCUCCUCCGAACUGGAAGGCAAGAUCAUGCCAGUUAAGUAUGAAGAAAAUUCUCUUAUCUGGGUGGCUGUAGACCAGCCCGUGAAGGACAACAGCUUCCUGAGUUCUAAGGUCUUAGAACUCUGUGGCGACCUUCCCAUUUUCUGGCUUAAACCAACAUAUCCAAAAGAAAUCCAGAGAGAAAGAAGAGAGUUGGUAAGAAAAGUCAUUACAACUACCACAAGGAGACCACCCAGCGGACCACGGCGCAACGCAGGCCCUAGACAACCAAAUAAUGAAACGAGACCUAGUGUUCAGGAGGAUUCAGACCCCUUCAAUCCAGACAACCCUUACCACCAGCAGGAAGGGGAAGGCAUGACAUUUGACCCUAGACUGGACCACGAAGGAAUCUGCUGCAUAGAAUGUAGGCGGAGCUACACUCAUUGCCAGAAGAUCUGUGAGCCUCUGGGGGGCUACUAUCCGUGGCCUUACAACUAUCAAGGUUGCCGCUCUGCCUGCAGGGUGGUCAUGCCCUGCAGCUGGUGGGUGGCCCGCAUCCUGGGCAUGGUGUGAAAUCACCUCACACAGCAGGUGCUGAAAGAGGAGAACUAACUCAAGACACAACCAGAGUAUGAGGCAUCUUGAUGCUGAACGGACCACAAAGUAUUUUAUAUUCGAUUUGAAUGAUGUUAUUCGAGACACUUUUAACAGAGUCUCUCAAAUGCUUCAUAGAACUUUAUCCAGAAUGUGCAAAUGUACUUAAAGGGUAAAGUCAAAAAUGUCAUUAACAAUUAUUUUAUUACUUGCUAUUUUUUAUUUGCUUUUGCUUUGCCUAUAAGGCCUGCUGGUAAGACUAACUUCCCAAGCUACUUUAAAAUAAACAUGAAAAAUCA